AUGUCAAAGCUGAUAGUGUUUCUUGCUUUCAUCAUAUGUUGUAAUCGACAACAAAACGCUCAAGCAGGAGCAAGAGCAGCAGCAGCAGGAGCAGCCGCUGAAGUUGUCACAAAUUAUAGAGCUGACAAGUUAUGGGAUGAUGACUUAUUAAUGGAGACAAUGCAAGUAGAAGAAUCAACACUGACGAAUUGUGACACAAUGAAAGAUGGAAGAUUAUUUGUUCUGGAAGAAAAACCGUUGUUAUUGAUGACAAAUACUGUUAACUUGAUGAAAUGGAAUUAG